GAAACAAAAAUAGAACUGUUUUGCCAUAAUGACUAUCGUUAUGUUUGGAGGAAAAAGGGGGACGCUUGCAAGCCGAAGAACACCAUCCCAACCGUGAAGCACGGGGGUGGCAGCAUCAUGUUGUGGGGGUGUUUUGCUGGAGGAGGGACUGGUGCACUUCACAAAAUAGAUGGCAUCAUGAGGAAGGAAAAUGAUGUGCAUAUAUUGAAGCAACAUCUCAAGACAUGAGUCAGGAAGUUUAAGCUUGGUCGCUAAUGGGUCUUCCAAAUGGACAAUGACCCCAGGCAAACUUCCAAAGUUGUGGCAAAAUGGCUUACGGACAACAAAGUCAAGGUAUUGGAGUGGCAUCACAAAGCCCUGACCUCAAUCCUAUAGAAAAUGUGUAUGCAAGCAAGGAGGCCUACAAACCUGACUCAGUUACACCAGCUCUGUCAGGAGGAAUGGGUCAAAAUUCACCCAACUUAUUGUGGGAAGCUUGUGAAAGGCUACCCGACAUGUUUGACACAAGUUAAACAAUUUAAAGGCAAUGCUACCAAAUACUAAUUGAGUGUAUGUAAACUUCUGACCCACUGGGAAUGUGAUGAAAGAAAUAAAAGCUGAAAUAAAUCAUUCUACUAUUAUUCUGACAUUUCACAUUCUUAAAAUAAAGUAGUGAUCCUAACUGACCUCAAACAGAGAAUUAUUACUAGGAUUAAAUGUCAGGGAUUGUGAAAAACUGAGUUUUUAAAUGUAUUUGGCUAAGGUGUAUUUAAACUUCCGACUUCAACUGUAGUAGCUUUUGGUUGUGAUAUAAUCCAUCCUAAGGAAAAUGUCAUUUCAUGUUUAAAUGUAUGUAAUAUUUUUCCAGGUGAUAGUCCUAUGGAACUGUGACAAGCCCCUCCCGGCCAAACACCGCUGGCCUGCCACCUCCGUACCUGUCCUGGUCAUAGAUGGGGAGAGCAAGGUGAUGAGCAGUCGUUUCCUGCCCUAUGACACAAUACCAACAGACGCCGUUCUGAGUCUGGAUGAGGAUACCGUUCUCUCUACAACUGAGGUGGACUUUGCUUUCACAGUGUGGCAGAGUUUCCCAGAGAGGAUUGUGGGAUACCCGGCCAGGAGUCAUUUCUGGGACAGCAACAAGGAGCGGUGGGGUUACACCUCCAAGUGGACCAACGACUACUCUAUGGUCCUGACAGGAGCUGCUAUAUACCACAGAUAUUACCACUUCCUGUACACCAGUUACCUGCCGGCUAGUCUGAGGGGCCUGGUGGACCAGCUGUCUAACUGCGAAGACAUUCUGAUGAACUUCCUGGUGUCAGCUGUCACCAAGCUGCCGCCCAUCAAGGUCACCCAGAAGAAACAGUACAAGGAGACUAUGAUGGUGCAGACCUCCAGAGCGUCUCGGUGGGCCGACCCAGACCACUUUGCCCAGCGACAGAGCUGCAUGAAUAAGUUUGCCAGCUGGUUUGGCAGCAUGCCUCUGGUGCACUCCAGUAUGCGCCUCGACCCGGUGUUGUUUAAAGACCAGGUGUCCAUACUGAGAAAGAAAUACAAGGACAUAGAGAGACUAUAACAGCCUGGUCCUCUCUGUCUCCAUGGAAGGACAGGAGUGUAGAGGGAUUGGAGACAUAUAGAGACCCUCCCAGAGAGAAUGGGAGGAACAGGGGGAGACACGAGAGGAGGAGAGGAGAGGGCUGUGGAGGCAGGACGCCACGGUUGACCCUCCCAGAGAGAAGGGGAGGAACAGGGGGGAGAAACGAGAGGAGGAGAGGACAGGGCUGUGGAGACAGGACGCCACGGUUGACCCUCCCAGAGAGAAGGGGAGGAACAGGGGGUAGAAAGAGAGGAGGAGAGGACAGGGCUGUGGAGGCAGGACGCCACGUUGACCCUCCCAGAGAGAAGGGGAGGAACAGGGGGAGAAAGAGAGGAGGAGAGGACAGGACUGUGGAGGCAGGACGCCACGUUGACCCUCCCAGAGAGAAGGGGAGGAACAGGGGGGAGAAACGAGAGGAGGAGAGGACAGGGCUGUGGAGGCAGGACGCCACGUUGACCCUCCCAGAGAGAAGGGGAGGAACAGGGGGUAGAAAGAGAGGAGGAGAGGACAGGGCUGUGGAGACAGGACGCCACGGUUGACCCUCCCAGAGAGAAGGGGAGGAACAGGGGGUAGAAAGAGAGGAGGAGAGGACAGGGCUGUGGAGACAGGACGCCACGGUUGACCCUCCCAGAGAGAAGGGAGGAACAGGGGGGAGAAACGAGAGGAGGAGAGGACAGGGCUGUGGAGACAGGACGCCACAGUUGACCCUCCCAGAGAGAAGGGGAGGAACAGGGGAAGAAAGAGAGGAGGAGAGGGCUGUGGAGACAGGACGCCACGGUUGACCCUCCCAGAGAGAAGGGGGGGAACAGGGGGGAGAAACGAGAGGAGGAGAGGACAGGGCUGUGGAGGCAGGACGCCACGUUGACCCUCCCAGAGAGAAGGGGAGGAACAGGGGGUAGAAAGAGAGGAGGAGAGGACAGGGCUGUGGAGACAGGACGCCACGGUUGACCCUCCCAGAGAGAAGGGGAGGAACAGGGGGUAGAAAGAGAGGAGGAGAGGACAGGGCUGUGGAGACAGGACGCCACGGUUGACCCUCCCAGAGAGAAGGGAGGAACAGGGGGGAGAAACGAGAGGAGGAGAGGACAGGGCUGUGGAGACAGGACGCCACGGUUGACCCUCCCAGAGAGAAGGGGAGGAACAGGGGAAGAAAGAGAGGAGGAGAGGGCUGUGGAGACAGGACGCCACGGUUGACCCUCCCAGAGAGAAGGGGGGGAACAGGGGGGAGAAACGAGAGGAGGAGAGGACAGGGCUGUGGAGGCAGGACGCCACGUUGACCCUCCCAGAGAGAAGGGGAGGAACAGGGGGUAGAAAGAGAGGAGGAGAGGACAGGGCUGUGGAGCCAGGAUGCCACGUUGACCCUCCCAGAGAGAAGGGGAGGAACAGGGGGUAGAAACGAGAGGAGGAGAGGGCUGUGGAGACAGGACGCCACGGUGGCGUCUUCCACCCACACUCUCCAUCCUUGUACGCUGUUGCUGGUGCUAACUGUGGUAACCGUGACAACCCCGGCUGUAUUUUGGUAGGAGCUGUACACAGACAGAAAACUAGUUCAUGCACAACUGACAACGUGCGGGGGGGGGCUUUGUUCUAGAACGUUCUACAUGACGAUGGACAGAGGAGAGUCCACGACUGCAGUCCUAACUACGAUCUACUGGUAGACUGUCUGUACAGACUGUGUUCGGUCUACCAGUGGUACACAUCUCUCCAACCUACUAAUAAACCCUACGAUGAAACCAAGGAAGGAGUACUUGUUUAGUUCUAGAAGUUAACCUCACUUCUGUUCGGUUAUAAACACUAUGCACAGGAUCAACACCAUUGUUGCCAGAAUCUGAAAAUACUAUUUUGCUCUGUUUUAGUUAGCUUUUAUAGUGAACGAUGAAUGGCCAGAAUUACUGUCUCUACUGUGUUCUUCCCUUCACAAUUUAUUCCCUGUUCCACGUUCUUCCUCUCACAAUUUAUUCCCUGUUCCACGUUCUCCCCCUCACAAUUUAUUCCCUGUUCCACAUUCUCCCCCUCACAAUUUAUUCCCUGUUCCACGUUCUUCCCCUCACAAUUUAUUCCCUGUUCCACGUUCUCCCCCUCACAAUUUAUUCCCUGUUCCACGUUCUUCCCCUCACAAUUUAUUCCCUGUUCCACAUGGUCAAAUGGCUCCCUAUUCCCUAUGGGCCCUGGUCAAAUGGCACCCUAUUCCCUAUGGGCCCUGGUCAAAUGGCACCCUAUUCCUUAUGGGCCCUGGUCAAAUGGCACCCUAUUCUCUAUGGGCCCUGGUCAAAUGGCACCCUAUUCUCUAUGGGCCCUGGUCAAAUGGCGCCCUAUUCCCUAUGGGCCCUGGUCAAAUGGCACCCUAUUCCCUAUGGCCCCUGGUCAAAUGGCACCCUAUUCUCUAUGGGCCCUGGUCAAAUGGCACCCUAUUCUCUAUGGGCCCUGGUCAAAUGGCACCCUAUUCUCUAUUGGCCCUGGUCAAAUGGCACCCUAUUCCCUAUGGGUCCUGGUCAAAUGGCACCCUAUUCUCUAUGAGCCCUGGUCAAAUGGCACCCUAUUCUCUAUGGGCCCUGGUCAAAUGGCACCCUAUUCUCUAUGGGCCCUGGUCAAAUGGCACCCUAUUCUCUAUGGGCCCUGGUCAAAUGGCACCCUAUUCUCUAUGGGCCCUGGUCAAAUGGCACCCUAUUCUCUAUGGGCCCUGGUCAAAUGGCACCCUAUUCCCUAUGGGCCCUGGUCAAAUGGCACCCUUUUCUCUAUGGACCCUGGUCAAAUGGCACCCUAUUCCCUAUGGGCCCUGGUCAAAUGGCACCCUAUUCUCUAUGGGCCCUGGUCAAAUGGCCCCCUAUUCUCUAUGGGCCCUGGUCAAAUGGCACCCUAUUCUCUAUAAGCCCUGGUCAAAUGUCACCCUAUUCCCUAUGGGCCCUGGUCAAAAUGGCACCCUUUUCUCUAUGGACCCUGGUCAAAAUGGCCCCCUAUUCUCUAUGGGCCCUGGUCAAAUGGCACCCUAUUCCCUAUGGGCCCUGGUCAAAUGGCACCCUAUUCUCUAUGGGCCCUGGUCAAAAUGGCCCCCUAUUCUCUAUGGGCCCUGGUCAAAUGGCACCCUAUUCCCUAUGGGCCCUGGUCAAAUGGCACCCUAUUCUCUAUGGGCCCUGGUCAAAUGGCACCCUAUUCCCUAUUGGCCCUGGUCAAAUGGCACCCUAUUCCCUAUGGGCCCUGGUCAAAUGGCACCCUAUUCCCUAUGGGCCCUGGUCAAAUGGCACCCUAUUCUCUAUGGGCCCUGGUCAAAUGGCACCCUAUUCUCUAUGGGCCCUGGUCAAAUGGCACCCUAUUCCCUAUGGGCCCUGGUCAAAUGGCACCCUAUUCUCUAUGGGCCCUGGUCAAAUGGCACCCUAUUCUCUAUGGGCCCUGGUCAAAUGGCACCCUAUUCUCUAUAAGCCCUGGUCAAACGUCACCCUAUUCCCUAUGGGCCCUGGUCAAAAUGGCACCCUUUUCUCUAUGGACCCUGGUCAAAAUGGCCCCCUAUUCUCUAUGGGCCCUGGUCAAAUGGCACCCUAUUCCCUAUGGGCCCUGGUCAAAUGGGACCCUAUUCCCUAUGGGCCCUGGUCAAAUGGCACCCUAUUCCCUAUGGGCCCUGGUCUAAAGUAGUGCACUAUAAAGGGAAUCGGGUGACAUUUGGGAUGCAAGCCUCUGAUUCCACCGUUGCUGUUCUAGGAUGAAAUGAAUGUGCCUUUUAUUAAAGAAAGCCACUUCAGAAUGAUUGUAUUGUUGCCUUUAACAGAGGAGUUCCCAUUUUAGUGAAGAUCUUUCUGUGUCCCAGUAACACUGACUUUGUACAGUAGCUGCUGUUUAGGUGACCUUAUUGUCUAACACUGGACGUGACUACGUCUGAUCUGUAACAGACUGAUUCCUGCCUUUGUUGAGUAGGAACAUUACGGAGCCUCUUGUCGGUUCAGUCACAGUCUGGUCCCAGAUCUGUUUUGUAGUGUCUUGCCAACUCCUGUUAUGGUCAUUGUAGCGCAGCACAAACUGAUCUGGGACCAGGCUAAUAUCAGACACCUGUGUUGGUGUUUUUUACCAGACUGAUGUUCUGUUUGGCUACUUUUCUUUCUGCCUGUUCUCUUCCUCUACCCUGGGAAUUACAGAUACCAUUUUAAGGAGAUUAAAGAUUCAAAUAGAAAAAAUCAACAUUUUGUAAAGUGAUUUUAUAAAAAAUAAUAAAAAACAUUUGAUACA